AUGAGUGGUCAGUUUUCUGGGGUACAUGCUAUUAUAAGGAAAGAAUAUCCUACAGCUUUAUAUGUUCAUUGCGUCUCACAUUCCCUUAACCUUGCUAUAUCCGAUGCGUGUUCUGUCCAGGCUGUACGAAAUUGCAUGGGUGUUAUUGAAAACGCUUACAUUUUUUUUAAUACGUCCAUACGUCAAAACGUUUUAACUAACAAAGUAUCUGAAAUGCCGGAUAAUGAAAGGUCAAGACGAGACAGAUUAAAACAACUUUGUCCUACUAGAUGGGUUCAAAGACAGGAUUCGGUAAGUGUAAUGAGAGAGCUUUUAAACCCUCCAGUACUGACGUUAGAGGAAAUAGCUGAGUGGCCAGACAAAGAAACGUCUACUAGUACUAGUAGCAAGUUGUUACUAAAUACUUUAAGUACAUAA